GCGUUCUGUUAUGGGGUCCUUGCGGUAGCACUUCCUGGUCCACGUAUGGGAGAGCAGAUCAACAAUCUCUUCUUUGACAGAUGAUGACACUCAGCGUCUCUUUUCUUUGAAUAAACCUCUUUCCACUCACUGAUGAAACCUACGGGAUAGCCACACAGUCGGACCUCCCCGUUGUCUAUACUGCGCGUCGUGAACGGGUGAAGGAUGUCUUGGUUCACUGACUUGGCCGGGAAAGCGGAAGAUUUCCUGAACAAAGUGGACGCAGGAGCCGCUACUGCCCUGCAGAAGGAGAAUGCCUUGGCAGCUGAAUACGGAGGUGAUCCGUCGCUCUCCUCCGUGUACGCCACCUCCGGGUACCGGACGGACGGUCCUGGGAUGCAGCAGAACUACGAAUCGCUCCACGAUCCGCCAGGUUUCAUCACCGCGGCAGCUGGCAACAUCAAAAGAACCAACGCCCCUCUUUUCUCCAACGCAAGUAUCGUCUCCUCCACCAACCCCGACACCACCACUCCCCUGGGCUCCUCCAGUGUCGGAGCGACCUCCUCCACCAACACGGGGAGAGCCUCCUCGGGCUUUGUGAGGCGCAAAAAGAGUGAGCAGGACGUGGACGACGACAUGCUGUUUGACUUCCUCAACAGCUCGGACCCGCCGGCCGCCACUAGCGACCGGAAGGACGUGAGGCGAGAUCUCCCGAAGGUGUCUGUCCCCGUGGUGGAGCCCCAAGCUCCGCCCUCUACCUCCACACCCAUGUCCAGCGCGUUGGCCUCCGGGACCUCCACGCCCCACUCCACCCUUGGGAUCUCCCGGGCGUCCAGCCUCAGCUCCUUGUCGACGCACAGCAUGAAAACGUCGGAGGAGGGCCUUGCCCGGGACCCCGGCCGCGACACCCCCGACGGCUCAGACUCCGGGCUGUCGGCCCCCCAGGACUCGGGCCGACCGGAGCCCCUGUUCCCGGACGAGUCCCGGAGCCAGGAGCUGUCCAGCCUGCGCCUGGAGAACCAGCUGCUGCGCAACGAGGUGACCUCCCUCAACCAGGAGAUGGCCUCGCUCAUCCAGAGGGCCAAGGCCAUGCAGGAGGAUCUGAACCAGGCCCGCCUCCGCUCCGACAAGUGGAACUCGGACCAGUCCACCACGGACCGCGUGGUCCGAGAGUUCCGGUCGCAGGUUGAUGACCUCACAGAAGCCCUGUCUGCCAAAGACGGCCAGCUGGCGGUCCUCAAGAUCCGAUUGGACGAGGCCGACCAGCUGCUGAAGAGCCGCAACUCGGCACUGGAGGCGGCGCAGAGCGAGAAGUCCCGAUUGCUGCAGGACCAAUCAGAAGGCAGCAGCAUGCAGUCGCAGGCCCUGGAGACACUGCAACAGGGGCUGAGGGAGGCGGAGCUAACCCUCCGGCGAGAGCAGGACAACUACAGACAGAUGCAGAGCGAGGCCGCGGUGCGUCUCUCCAGGGCGGAGGCCGAGCGGCAGACUCUGGCGGAGACGGUGACGGCGGCGGAGCGGCGGGCGGCCGAGGAGCGGCGCCGCGCCGACGACCUGCAGCAGCAGACGAGGAGCGCCCGGGCCGCCGCCGAGCUGGGCCGGCAGGAGCUGCAGGACUACAAGCACAAGGCCUCGCGCAUCCUGCAGUCCAAGGAGAAGCUCAUCUCCAGCCUGAAGGAGGGCUCGGGGCUGGACGCCCUGGACAGCGGCCGGGGCGCGGUCCUGGAGCUGGAGGAGAUGCGCCACGAGAAGGAGCUCCAGAAGGAGGAGGUGCAGAGGCUGCAGGGCCAGGUCCACGCGCUGCGGGCCGAGGUCCAGGAGCUGGAGAGCCAGGCCAUGAGCGAGGUGGAGACGUGGAGGCAGCAGCAGAUGGAGCUCCAGGACCAGCAGGCCAUGCAGAUCAGAGCCAAGCAGGAGGCAGAGGCCGAGCUGGACCGACACAAACAGGAGCUGCAGUACCUGGAGGAGGAGAGUCACCGCACCAAAGCCAGCCUGCAGAGCCGGAUCAAAGACCGGGAGGACGAGAUCCAGAAGCUGAGGAACCAGCUGACCAAUAAGGCUCUGAGCAGCAGCAGCCAGGUGGAGCUGGAGAGCCGUCUGCACCAGCUGACGGAGACGCUGAUCCAGAAGCAGACCAUGCUGGAGGCGCUGGGCACGGAGAAGAGCUCCCUGGCCUUCCAGCUGGAGAGGCUGGAGCAGCAGCUGAAGAGCGCCCAGGGAGGGGCUCCGAGCGGCGGGCAGGCCAUCCACAUGGGCAGCCUGGAGGGAGCAGGGGCGCGACAGAGGGCCACGCCCGUGCUCUUCAGCGACCAGGACAGCCCCGGCAUGUACGGCCAGGUGCGCAAGGCGGCCAGCACCAUCGACCGCUUCAGCAUCAGACUGGGGAUCUUCCUGCGACGCUACCCCAUCGCCAGAGUGUUUGUUAUCUUGUACAUCGGUCUCCUGCACCUGUGGGUGAUGAUAGUCCUGCUGACGUACACGCCGGAGAUGCACACAGACCACCCGGGGGGCAGAUGAGGACCCCCCCCCGCCCGUCCGUCGACGUCGGGAACGGUUACCCUCGACGGAACGAAAGACAAACAAUGAGGCUCGCUGCCGGACGACGGUUCAACGACUCUCACUAGGAACCAAACUCUUCCUGUUUUUGCACAGAAACGCCAUGGUUACAGACUUCCACUGACUGCCCUUCUUCAUCAUCAUCAUCAUUAUUAUUAUUAUUAUUAUUAUUAAUAUCGGUUUCCCAAUCUGGAGAUUCCUGGUGAGUGGCAUGAGGUUUUAAACGAACGCUGCGGAGGGGUGGGCGCUGGCGAGGCAUUAAAUCAACGCUGAUUAUUUCGAUAUCGUACAGCACUUCUUCAUCUCCCUUCUGACACGUUUUUCCUGAGAUUAUAUGACAAUAUGUUUAAAAACAAAAGGCUUUUAAUAAACAUCUGAAAAAGAA